UUGUGCAGUGGGAAGGGUUUUUUUCAUCACUGCAGAAUUGGAAAGAAAGUGAUGAAGCUAUGAGGAAGGCUGGUGUUGCCCAUAAUAAAUCCAGCAAAGAUAUGGAGAGUCAUGUGUUUAUGAAGGCCAAAACAAGGGAAGAAUAUCUUUCUCUUGUGGCCAGACUUAUUAUCCAUUUUCGAGAUAUUCACAAUAAGAAAUCUCAAGCCUCAGUCAGUGAUCCGAUGAAUGCCCUGCAGAAUCUAACUGGGGGUCCCCCAGCAGGGGCACCUGGAAUGGGCAUGGCUUCCCGAGCUCAGGGCGCACCGAUGAGUGGGAUGAGUGGCCUUGGCCCAAUGGGACAACAGAUGAGUCUCCCAGGGCAGCAGCAGCCUCCUGGAACCUCAGGAAUGGCCCCUCAUGGUAUGCCUGGUGUCUCUACAGCUACUCAGCAGACCCAACUUCAGCUUCAGCAGAUAGCUCAGCAGCAACAGCAGCAGCAGCAGCAAUUCCAGCAGCAGCAGGUGGCUUUGCAGCAGCAGCAAUUCCAGGCCCAGCAGUCAGCCAUGCAACAACAGUUUCAGCAGCAGCAGCAGCAACAACAGCAGUUGCAAGCCGUCCAGCAGCAGCAACAGCACAUGCUGAAACUGCAGAUGCAGCAGCAGCAAAACCAACAGCAGCAGCAGCAGCAGCAGCAGCAACUACAGCGAAUUGCCCAAAUGCAGCAGCUGCAGGCAGCACAGGCUAUGCAGGCACAACAGCAGCAGCAACAGCAGCAGCAACAGCAGCAACAAAUACCACAACAACAGAUACAGCAGCAGCCACCUCAACAAGUAAUGCAACAGCAGAUGCAACAGAUGCAGCAGCAACAACAGCAGCAACAGCAGCAGCAACAGCAACAACAACAACAGGUUGCUCAGGCACAACAGUCUCAGCUUCCACCACAAUCCCAGCCUCAACCCCAGCCCAUGGUAUCUCAGCCACAGGCAAUCUCAGGACAAAUUCCUAGUCAGGUUAUGCCUGUUACUCUUACACCACAGCAAUUAAAAGCAAUGCAGCUGGUCCAGCAGCAGCAGGCAGCGGCAGCAGUGCAAGCAGCUCAGGCCCAAGCUGCUCAGAUGGGAGCUUCAGGGCAGAUGAUCACCGCACCUAUGGCCCGAGGUGGGAUGCAAAUAAGACCACGGUUCCCGCCUACCACCGCUGUGUCUGCUACACCGCCAAGCUCCAUUCCUUUGGGCGGACAGCAAAUGCCACAGGUCAGCCAGAACAAUAUUACCAUGAUGUCAUCCCCAUCUCCUGUCCAACAAGCUCAAACACCCCAAUCAAUGCCUCCGCCACCACAGCCGCAGCCAUCUCCUCAGCCAGGCCAGCCAACUUCUCAGCCAAAUUCAAAUGUCAGUUCUGGCCCAGCUCCAUCACCCAGCAGCUUUCUCCCCAGUCCAUCUCCACAACCAUCCCAGAGUCCAGCAGCUGCACGAACACCUCAGAACUUCAGUGUCCCAUCCCCAGGCCCUUUAAACACUCCAGGAAAUCCAAAUUCUGUCAUGAGUCCAGCCAGUUCUAGCCAAUCAGAGGAGCAACAGUAUCUGGAGAAACUCAAACAGCUAUCAAAAUACAUUGAGCCACUCCGGAGGAUGAUCAAUAAAAUAGAUAAAAAUGAAGAUAGGAAGAAAGACCUGAGUAAAAUGAAGAGUCUCUUAGAUAUCCUGACUGACCCUUCAAAACGGUGCCCUCUGAAGACACUGCAGAAAUGCGAAAUUGCUCUGGAGAAGCUGAAAAAUGAUAUGGCUGUGCCUACUCCACCACCUCCCCCAGUGCCCCCCACCAAACAGCAGUACUUGUGUCAGCCACUUUUGGAUGCUGUUUUGGCCAACAUUCGUUCACCAGUCUUCAACCAUUCCCUUUACCGUACAUUUAUGCCAGCUAUGACUGCAAUUCACGGACCACCAAUCACGGCCCCAGUUGCUUCCCCUCGAAAACGGAAAUAUGAAGAGGAUGAAAGACAGACCAUACCGAAUGUCUUACAAGGGGAAGUUGCAAGAUUAAAUCCUAAAUUCCUGGUGAACCUGGACCCUUCCCACUGCAGUAAUAAUGGCACAGUUCAUCUCAUAUGCAAGCUAGAUGACAAGAAUCUUCCAAAUGUCCCACCACUACAGCUCAGCGUUCCAGCGGACUAUCCAGAUCAGAGCCCUCUGUGGAUAAAAAACCCUAGACAGUAUGCAGCCAAUCCCUUUUUGCAGUCAGUGUAUCGGUACAUGACUUCAAAACUAUUGCAACUUCCAGACAAGCAUUCAGUCACAGCACUCUUAAACACCUGGGCACAAAGUAUUCGUCAGGCCUGCCUCUCUGCUGCGUAACAUCUCACUUUCUAAAUUGUGAAGCAAGAAAGAAGGUCUCAACAGCUGGCCUCUUCCACAUGCCACUGGAAAAUCACAGGCAUUUUGGGGAGGGUACUUCAGAAGAAAGAAGCCUUAUGUUGUUUUGUUUCUAGGUGUCAGGUUCAGUAGAGAACCUGAUGUUAGACUUAGCUUUCAUGCUUUUUAUCUUCUGCCUCUGUGGACUUCUGCCAGCAUUUUCAAAUAUACAAAAUGUGUAUAUAUGAUUCUUGAGACUGUAUUAGGAUGAGUUUUUAUUGUCUUCUUAGAGAAGAAAUUAUUUGUGGACUUCCAUCAGGGAGUCUGGUAUAAGAGGGAGUAGGGAGAGAAUGUCCUAAUUUGCUUCAAAGUUUGCUCAGUGCCAGUAUUCCUUUCACACUGUAUGUUUUGUGACCUGAUAUUACCCCAGGAAUAAAUUAGCUGCAACUAGAAUGUGCUUGCAAACUUCUCAGUGGUUGCAGGAAUCUUUUUGGCUAUUUACUUUGCCCAGAGAUGGGAUAAAUUACAGCUUUUUAAGGCAUCCCUCAAAUAUGUGAGAUAAAUCUGGAUAAUUAUACUUGGGGGUGGGGAACCAAAUAGAGCAAAAGUAUUUUAUAGCUUAUUUUAAACACUACUUUAUACUGUAAAAACGGUUUUUGGUUAGCAUGGACCACAUGUUUUCUCACUCCAGAAGAGUGAGUUGAUGAGAAAGAAGAGAUAUUAAUGUGCACACUGACUUCCUCUAUAAACUCAGUAAACGUGUACAUAAAGGUGUGUGUGGGGAAACCCAACAGGAUAAAGCCCUAGUAACAUAAAUCAGUCCAGCAGGCUUGUAGCUAUGUUUCUUCUUUUACUAAGAGUCUCUCUGAGGCGUCUGGUGUCCUUUGGGAGUUAAUGCAGUUCAGUGAAAAUGCUUCUAUGCUACAUCAGUUUGUUUAAAAAGAAAACAAAAAAACCAACAUAGCUCAGGAGUAGAACUGACAACUAAUAUUUUGUGCCUUGAGCUAUGAUGGGCACUCAAGUCAGUCAUCAGCUGCCUUAUUGUUGGGCACUUCUAACGAAAACCUGUGCCACGAGUAACUCUAAUUUUGUGCAUAGUGCGAUUGUUUUAUUUUCCCCAUGCUUAUAAGUUGCUCACUCUUAAUUUCCUGGUGCAGAAGAAUUUCAAACUUCAGAUGUUCCCGUUAUAUCCUGCUCCAUCUCCCUGUAUUGUGCAGCAAACCUUAAAGAGUAGCUGGGCUCUCUUACAGUAGUGUCAAGAAAUUGCUAUGACCUUCGUAAAUCUGUGUGGUGUCAUCAGUUUUAGGAUGUUUUUAAAUGUGGGUACUUAGUAAGCACUGACUGAGGCAGCAGAAUGCUAUCAGUAUUUUGUACAUGAACUAAUGCAUUAUCUGUUUGUUUCUAUUGUAAUAAAUUUAUUAUUAUUCCUGUGUUGGAUGCUAACAU